AUGAAAUUUGUUUUCAUCAUCAUUUUAAUCCGUGCUUUAUUUCUCUUUUCAGCUUUAACCGCUUACACCUACCUGACAAUCUUUGACCUGUUCAGCCUGAUCACCUGUCUCAUCAGCUCCUGGGUCAACAUGAAGAAACCCAGUCAGGUGUACUCGUUUGGGUUUGAACGUCUGGAGGUCCUGGCUGUGUUUGCUUCCACUGUCCUCGUCCAGCUGGGAGCUUUGUUCAUCCUGAAAGAGAGUGUGGAACGAUUCAUGGAGCAACCUGAGGUCCACACAGGACGACUGUUAGUCGGGACCUUCGUCGCUCUUUUCUUCAACCUGCUGACGCUGCUGUCAGUCAAGAACAAGCCCUUCACCUACGUCUCAGAAGCGGCGAGCAGCAGUUGGCUUCAGGAACACGUUGCAGACCUGAGUCGAAGUGUGUGUGGUGUGAUUCCAGGUCUCAGCAGUGUCCUCCUGCCUCGUAUGAAUCCGUUUGUCCUCAUUAACAUGGCUGGAGCUCUGUCCCUCUGCAUCACAUACAUGCUCAUAGAGAUCAAUAAUUAUAACGGCGUGGACACAGCGUCGGCCGUUGCCAUCGCUCUCAUGACCUUUGGCACCAUGUAUCCAAUGAGUGUCUACAGCGGCAAAGUUCUGCUGCAGACCACACCCUCUCACAUCAUUGGUCAGCUGGACAAACUUCUGAGAGAGGUGUCCACCCUGGACGGAGUUCUGGAGGUGCGUAACGAACACUUCUGGACCGUGGGCUUUGGAUCUUUGGCUGGCUCCGCCCACGUUCGUAUCCGCCGUGACGCUAACGAGCAGCUGGUUCUGGCUCACGUCACAAACCGUCUUCUUCCUCUCGUGUCGACGUUGACGGUUCAGAUUUUUAAAGACGACUGGACCCGCCCCCUCCUCACAGGGGGCCUCCCCUCCUCCUCAUAUGCCCCGCCCCUGGGUGUUUCCGAGGGCUUGUCACUGCCUCCUCUGCUGAUGUCAUCAGGAGCAGAUCUGGACCCACUGACGUCCACGCCAUCCAAACUCAGCAGCCCGCCUCCAGAGUUCUCUUUCAACACUCCGGGCCGGAACCUGCAGCCAAUGGUGCUUCCUGCUGCAGGAAGCCACGCCCACAGGCCAUAUGGCGGCCUGGGACUCGGCUACCCUGGGAUGACGAACCAGGGUCCAGUGCGGCCCAGUGGUGGGUUGGGGGCAGGGUUUGGACUGGGUGUGGGCGGGAGCUCUCAGAGCUACAGAACUUUGCUGGGCGGGGCCACGGCACCGUUACAGUUUGGAGCGUCACAGUACAGACAGUACCGACCCUGACCCACUGACAAGAAGAAUUAACUCCACCCCUCAAAGACAUUUUUUACCUCAUGGUUUAAAUUCAUGAAUAAAACAUUUUAAACAUAGACAUAACAGAAGAAGAGCAAAGGGUCAGAGGUCAGAGGUCACAGGACUGAUGUUUGUUCUUUGUUGUUAAAUGUGUGUAAAAAUUCAACAUUAAAUUUAAUUCAGUUUCAUUUGUGGAAACAACUCAGAA